CACUGGGACUACAGACAUGAGCACCACAUCCAGCCUCUAAGUCCCGUUUUUAAAAUGCACCUUCCAAUUCCACUCUGGGGAUAAAGGAGUCACAGAGCCUGACUCUGGCUCUCCCCACCCAUAUCAUUCAAGCCAGAUGGGGAGGCAGGGACAGCUCUGAUCCCUCCCCAACCGGGUAGAGAUUUCCAGCCCAGCUGUCACAGCUCUAAGACACAGGGACAGAGGGAGAAACCAAGAGAGGCAGGAAGAGGUGGCAAAGGAGUGCUACAGAAGAUAAGGAGGCUGAGCUCUGACAGGGAGCAGGGAGGAGGGGCCAUCUUGAGACUGGUGCCCUGCAAGCUCCACCCCACCCCUCCAUGCAGUUCCCCAUGGGCCCCGCCUGCAUCUUCUUGAGGAAAGGCAUUGCUGAGAAACAGCGGGAAAGACCACUGGGACAAGAUGAGAUUGAAGAGCUGCGGGAAGCGUUUCUUGAGUUUGACAAGGACCGAGAUGGGUUCAUCUCUUGUAAGGAUCUGGGGAAUCUCAUGAGGACAAUGGGUUACAUGCCCACAGAGAUGGAACUGAUUGAGCUCGGCCAGCAAAUCCGCAUGAACUUGGGUGGCCGUGUAGACUUUGAUGACUUUGUGGAGCUGAUGACCCCCAAAUUGCUUGCAGAAACGGCUGGGAUGAUCGGUGUCCAGGAGAUGCGGGAUGCCUUCAAGGAGUUUGACACGAAUGGAGAUGGGGAGAUCACCCUGGCGGAGCUGCAGCAGGCCAUGCAGAGACUCCUGGGGGAGAGGCUCACUCCCCGGGAGAUAUCUGAGGUUGUCCGGGAGGCUGAUGUUAAUGGAGACGGCACCGUUGACUUUGAAGAGUUUGUGAAGAUGAUGUCUCGCUGAGAAGGUCCUGGAAGCUCCUGGCCCUCUCCACCUGGUCAACAUGGAGCAAGUGCUUGUGGAGAACCAAAGCCCCAAAGCCCCAGAUCCCCUUAAAGCAGAGAGGGAAGGCAGGUGGGAGAGAGGGGUCGGCAUGCAGCGCUAUGCAUGAGGUGAGACCGAGAGCGGUAGUUUUGCCAGGAUGGGGGUGUCUGCAGAGCUAGAUUAAGAAGGAGGACUCUGUGGAUGGAAAUAGAUCCAUAUUUAUGGAUGGGAGGGUCCAGGAUGGGAGGGUCCAGUGGCCACCCCCAAAAAUUCCAAUGAUUCAUGACGUCUUUUCACUUCACGUAGUCCUAAAUCCCUGUGACCUGCCAGAGUCUCUUCCCCAGCUUCCCCUUGGGUGAAAAUAGUCUCUUCUCCUGUUGGAUAUCAAAAGGUUCAGCACGUAGUCUCUACUCUUCCCCUGCCUGCGUCAACUGUUGCAAAUCUCCUGUUUCUCUCUCCCGGUAAGAGAAAGACAAAUUGUACAUCAUUCAGGUGAUGGUUACAUGAACAGCCCAGACUUCACCACUACACAAUACACCUGUGUAACAAAACCGCACUUGUACUCCCUAAAUCUAUAGAAAUAC